UCUUCGACGCCGAGGAGAUAGCCGCCAUCCGCUCCGUUCGCCUGUGGGACAUCAUCGUGAACGCGUCGGGCGUGGCUCCCGACGAGGUCCAGGAGAGCGUGUUCUUCCACCUCGCCGACGACCCCUGCCCCCAGCCGGCCCAGCUCAACACCAGCGAGAUGGAACCCUGCGUCUACCUGCAGGGAUAUGAUUAUUUCCAGGGCUCUGAAGUGACGUACAUCUACUCGUGCAUCCUCCUGGCCGCCGUGCCGCUCAUCUGCGCAGGCGCCGGCUACGCGACCGUCAAGUUCCAGAACUCCCGCAGGAGGCAUUUCCGCACGCUGCAGGAGGAGAACAACAACGGCCGCAGCGUCGACAAGAUGAUGGUGAAGGAAUGGCUGCACCAGAACCAUAAGCGCAUCGUGAAGGUGAAGUUCGGUCCGAACCAGGAGAUCUGCACGGUGAACCGCAAGGGCGAGAAGCUGCGGCGCGUGAACGUGGCCCACGUGGACACGCUGGUGGUGGAGAUCACGCAGGACCAGCGGCGGAAGCCCAUGGUGCUGCUGCGGCCGCCGCUCGACCACGACCUCGUCCUGGAGUUCGACACGGAGGCGGCGCGCAACAAGUUCCUGAACAAGCUCGAGCAGUUCCUGAUGAGCCUGAAGAAGAGCCUGGACAGGGUGCAGACCAACAAGGAGCAGAUGCUGGCCAACGCCGAGACGAAGGAGCGCCGCACGAAGCGCCUCGAGCACUUCUUCCGCGAGGCCUACGAGCUCACCUUCGGCCUCAAGCCCGGCGAGAAGCGCAAGCUCGAGGACGCCGCCAGCGACGUCGUGAUGGUGAUGCGGACGUCGCUGUCCAAGAAGGAGUUCGCCGGCGCGCUCGGCAUGAAGCCCGACGACAUCUUCGUGCGCCGCAUGUUCAACAUCGUCGACAAGGAUGGCGACGGACGCAUCUCCUUCCAGGAAUUCCUGGACACCGUGGUGCUCUUCAGCAAGGGCUCCACCGACGACAAGCUGCGCAUCAUCUUCGACAUGUGCGACAACGACCGAAACGGCGUCAUCGACAAGACCGAGCUCUCCGAGAUGCUCCGCUCGCUGGUGGAGAUCGCCAAGACCAACACGGUCAGCAACGAGGAGGUCGAGGAGCUGAUCAACGGCAUGUUCAGCUCGUCGGGCAUCAACCACAAGGAAUCGCUCACCUACGACGACUUCAAGCUGAUGAUGCGCGAGUACAAGGGAGACUUCAUCGCCAUCGGCCUCGACUGCAAGGGCGCCAAGCAGAACUUCCUCGACACGUCCACCAACGUCGCCAGGAUGGCGAGCUUCCACAUCUCCGAGGUCAUGAACAGGAACCAGCACUGGAUGAUGAAGAAGUACAACUCCCUGGCGACCUUCCUGGAAGAGAACAGGCAGAACGUUUUCUACCUUUUCGUCUUCUACGUGAUCACCAUUGCUCUGUUCUGCGAGCGGUUCAUACACUACUCCUUCAUGGCGGAGCACACCGACCUCCGACACAUCAUGGGCGUGGGCAUCGCCAUCACGAGGGGCGCCGCCGCUUCCCUGUCCUUCUGCUACUCGCUGCUUCUGCUCACGAUGUCCAGGAACCUCAUCACCAAGCUCAAGGACUUCAGUUUCCAGCAGUACAUUCCUCUGGACUCGCACAUCCAGUUCCACAAGAUCGUCGCGUGCACGGCGCUGUUCUUCAGUAUUCUUCACAGCUGCGGCCACUUGGUCAACUUCUACCACGUUUCGACGCAGCCGGUGGAGAACCUCAGGUGUCUGACGCAGGAAAUCUCCUUCGCCUCCGACCAGAAGCCGACCGUGGGCUACUGGCUCUUCCAGACCAUCACAGGUCUGACUGGCGUAAUGCUGUUCAUUAUCAUGUGCAUCAUCUUCAUCUUCGCGCACCCGAUCAUACGAAGGAAGGCGUACAAGUUCUUCUGGGCUGCACAUCAGCUCUACAUCCUGCUUUACAUCCUCAGUCUGCUGCACGGACUUGCUCGUCUCACGGGGGCACCCAGGUUCGUAUCGACGCCCCUUUUCGCUUUCCCUUUUGUUCUGUUACAUAUUCUGUUAUUAUCGUGUUUGUGGAUCUGGAUUUAGGGAUAUAUAUCACUG